AUGGAGACCACCAACUAUCUCUCGCUUCCUGCUAUUGCUGAAUUCAUCAACGCCUACGAGGCUAACCCAACCGCCGAAAAUGUCAAGAUCAUGAUUAGCGCUCUCCUCACUUACGCCUUCGAUUCGAACGAUGGCUGGGUCCUCAAAUGGCAAGAGGACGAGGAGAACAACCACUCCAACUGCUUCGUCGUGAAAGCUUCUGGCGAUGAAAGAUCCCUGCACACCAUCGUGAAGGUCGUCCUCGACACCUCUGUUUCUGUCCAGGCAGACUGGGAUCAGUUCGUUCCCCGACUGCUCAGCGCCCCUCUUCCAGAUGAACGAUGCUGGGCCAUCCUCAUCCGUGGCUACAAAGUCCGGCUCUACGAGUACCACCGCGACCAGGAGCUCCCCUACCGUCUCAUUCCCUGUGACUUCAAGGUCAAGGACAAGCUGAAGCACACGGUCCACAUUCACAAAAACCCUGAUGCCGUGAACAACAUUCUCAUGAGCAUCCCGAAUCAGGUCCCCCAGCCACUUGGUGAGGGCGAACAAGCCAACCCAUCCCCGCCUGUCUCUGUCGCCGAGACAACUGGCUCGGAAGCUUUCCCUGAUACUACUCCUGAGACUGUCCCUGCCUCUGGCGUGGAUAUUGAGUCGUCCUCCGAGGAUCUCACUGAUACCAGCGGGAUUAAGACGCCCACCGAAGCCGAGCCCGUCACUGAGCCCGAGGCCGUUCCUCAGACCAUUCCCCAGGCCAAGACAGCAACUCAGGUCGACUCUACUACUUCUCAGACCAAGCAUACCACCGCGAAUGGAACCAAGGCCAAUGUUACUCCCCAGGCCAAGGUUACCCCUCCGGUUAAGAUCACUCCUGAAGUCAAGGCUGCUCUUCUAGCCAAGGCUGCUGCUAAGGCUAAGAGUGCUACUCCGAUUAAACCUGCUGCUGGGGCCAAGACUGCUACUCCGCUCAAGACUGCUUCUCAGGUUAAGUCUGCUGCUGAAGUCAAGAGUGCUGCCCAAGCCAAGAAUGCCGCCCAGGUAAAGAGUGCUGCCCAGGCCAAGGCUGCUAUCCUAGCCAAGGCUGUUUCUGGGAUGAAGAUCACUCCCAAGGUGAAGCCUGCGAAGGAAAUUGAGGUUGUGGCACAGACAGCGACAAACUAG